UCACGUGCAACAUUUCCACCAACAUGGAGGAAGCGCGUUCACAUUCCCUCUCGUCCGCCUCUCUCCCCGAAAAUCCCCCCCAACAUGUGGCAUAAAAUGGGUUAAAAAAAAAAGGAGUAAAGGGGAAAAAAAAGAGGAAAAAAAAUAAAAGUGUUGGUUGACGGAGCUGGCUUGCUCGUGCAGGACCCAGAAGUGAACAACAGGCGACCCGGAAGGUUUCAAGUCCGCCUGACUGCAAAUCGAGACGAAAAGAAGACGAGCGGCGAUCGUUCGCGAAAAGAAGAAAAGAAGAAUCCGAUCGGGCGUCCGCUCUAUCCUGCGCAGGCCGGGCAGCCAUCCGUCAGAAUGGCUGAACCUCGCUUUAACAGCCCCUAUUUUUGGCCCCCACCACCUGCUAUGGCUGUCACUCAGGAGCAGCUGAUGGCGGAGAAAAUCCGGGCGUCCCAUCCGGCCCCCGUCACACUGCCUUCCCAGCAGCCUCUGCUGUCUCCGGCCGGAGGCCAGCACGUGACGUCCAAAACCCAGCAGCCGGACGUGGUCCUCCACGCCAGCCCCGCCCGACCCGCCUCCAGCUCCCUCACGGGUCGCAUCCUCGGCGACGUCAACUUGAACCUGGACGAAAAAGCCGCCAUCAAAGCCAGGGGAUUGUGGGAGGACUGGCGUCAGCUCAUCGAGCAUCCCGCUCGGGCGAACCACCUCUCAGGGGUUUCGCUGGCCUCCAGAACCGGAAACCUCAACAACUCUGAGGUAACGUCCCCCGCCACGCCGCCCUCGGGAGCCUCCACGCCUCACCUGCUCUCCGGCUUCACCAACCCCCACGGGAUGGAGCCCGGAAGAACCAACGGGGGUCUCAUGGGUCUACUCGGGGUGUCCAAGCCGCCGAAGGACGGGCGUCGGAAAAUCAAGGCGGAAAACGGCUCGUCGCUCUUGGUGGUGCCGUACCCCAUCCUGGCGUCCAGCAAUGACCAGUCCUCCAUCAGCAUCACAGCCAAAGAGAAAACGUACAGGUGUAAAGUGUGCCCGCUGACCUUCUUCUCCAAGUCGGACAUGCAGAUCCACUCCAAGACGCACACGGAGGCCAAGGCCUACAAGUGCCCCCACUGCACCAAGACAUUCGCCAACGCGCCGUACCUGGCGCAGCACCUCCGCAUCCACCUGGGCCUCAAGCCGUACCGCUGCGCCUACUGCGAGAAGUGCUUUCGACAGCUCUCGCACUUGCAGCAGCACACCAGAAUCCACACGGGCGAUCGUCCGUAUAAAUGCUUCCAACCCGGAUGUGAGAAGGCCUUCACUCAGCUGUCCAAUCUGCAGUCUCACCAGAGGCACCACAACAAAGACAAGGCGUUCAAGUGUUCCAACUGCUUCCGGGCGUACUCUGACGCGGCGUCGCUGCAGAUGCACCUCUCCGCCCACGCCAUCAAGACGGCUCGGGCCUACUGCUGCAGCACGUGCGACAGAGCGUACACGUCGGAGACCUACCUCAUGAAGCACAUGUGUAAGCACGCGGCGGCCCAGCAGGUGGUACCUCGGAGGAGCGACGGCCCCCCCCACCACCACGCCCGGACGGACGCCUCGGACCUGAGCGCGGCCGCCAUUUUGUCCCGACAUCACCUCUCUCUCUCCGUUUAGUAAACGACGACCGUGCGACUGACGGACUCGGUAUGACCAAAAAAAAAAAAACAAAAAAAAAGUGACAGAGUGUACUAAUAUCUUAUGAGGAGGUACUACUUUCCUCACAGACACACACACAUACACAUGCGCGCAUCUGGAUUAUGUCUAAUGAGCACUUUGAGGCCUGGAAAAGGACAGACCUUUUAACGUUAAUUGUGAUGUCACAGAUUGUUCAUUUUUAUACGGUCCCUAACUUUUUUUAAUGCUCGUUAAGGUAUCGUCUAUAUAUAGUGCGCAUCUUACGUUUAUGUAAAUAUGAUGUACCGGGUUUUUGUAUCGUCUAUUUAUUCUUUUUGGCCACGUUCCCUCUUGAGAUCACUUAUGUUUUUGAUAAUGAAAACAUAAAACAAAACAAAAAAAAAAGAUGAAUCCAAAGGCCAACAUAUUAGGUGCAGCCGGACAAUUGAAUUAGAUCCGCUAUGAAAGUUGUGUUAACAAAAUUUGCCUUUUAAUAAGACGAUAAUGAUAAGUUUAACAAUCUGUUUAUUAUUGUGGUAGCCUUGUGAGUCCUAACACAAAAACAACAUAGGAUGGACUGUCAACCUCUUUUUAAAGAAUAAAACAAUCAUAACUUCA